AUGUCUGAAAGACCAACGAAGACCAGUUCGCAUCUCAUUGGAGGGUUUGUGGGAGGUCUCUCCUCUGCCAUUACUUUACAACCUUUGGAUCUCUUAAAGACACGACUACAACAGAGCAAAGAUAUCACACUAUGGUCAGCAAUAAAACAAGCUGAUGGUAUUCGAAGCCUAUGGAGGGGUACGCUGACAUCAGCUAUCAGAACGUCUAUCGGUAGCGCACUUUACCUGUCCAGUCUUAAUAUGAUGAGAACAGCCCUAGCAUCUAACAAGAAGAGCGGUCCCAUACUGAGCAAGAGCAGUAGACUACCGCAGCUGUCAAUGUAUGAGAACCUGUUAGCUGGUGCAGUUGCAAGAGGGAUGGUGGGCUACAUUACUAUGCCCGUAACGGUUCUAAAAGUGAGGUAUGAGUCAACUUUAUACAAAUACACUAGCAUACGCGAAGCUACUAGAGACAUUUACUCAAAGGAAGGAAUCAGAGGGUUUUUCAGAGGGUUUGGCCCAACUUGUAUGAGAGACGCACCUUAUUCAGGGCUAUAUGUCCUACUAUAUGAGAAAUCGAAAGUUUUGAUACCCAAGAUACUACCAGAAGCAAUGAUCCAACAUGAUUCGACUGGGAGUUUCACCACAUAUACAUCAACCACUAUUAACGCAUUGAGUGCCAUUUCAUCAGCAAGUCUUGCCACCGCCGUGACAGCGCCCUUCGAUACGAUCAAGACAAGAAUGCAACUGGAGCCCUCUAAAUUUACCAGCUUUUCGAAGACCCUUCUGUUAAUCGUUAAGCAAGAAAAUGCAAUGCAGUUAUUCAGUGGGCUGAGUAUGAGGUUAUCCAGAAAGGCACUAAGUGCAGGGAUUGCAUGGGGCAUAUAUGAAGAACUGGUAAAAAGGUUCAUGUAA